AUGUUGUUCUUCCAGCCAGGUGCCGACCACUCCUGGCUCAGACAGUUGCAGCCGGAUCCGGAGACGGAUAAGUACCAGCCCAACAAGCGCAGCCGCCAGGUGAAAUCAGGCCACUAUGUUCGAGUGGCCCCAACGCCGCUCCCGGAGCCUAAGUUGAUCAUCUACUCGGCCGCCAUGGCUGAGGCGCUGGGCAUCCCGGAAGAGGAUUGCAGCACCAAGGAGUUUGCUGCAUUCUUCUCCGGCCAGCAGCAGAUCUCGGGAGGGAAGCUGGAGUCAUGGUGUACGCCAUAUGCGCUGUCCAUCAUGGGGCAGCCUAUGGUACGAAACUGCCCAUUCGGCAAUGGCAACGGGUAUGGCGAUGGCCGGGCCAUUUCCGUCGGAGAGGUAAUGGUGAAAGGCCAGCGCUGGGAGAUGCAGCUGAAGGGUGGUGGGCAGACUCCAUUCUGCCGUGGCGCGGAUGGCCGUGCAGUGCUGCGGUCUUCGAUUCGCGAGUUCCUGGCAUCGGAGGCAAUGUAUCAUCUUGGAGUAGACACCACCCGUGCUCUUUCCUUGGUGGUCUCCGACGGCGGCGAAAUGGCCGAACGGCCCUGGUAUUCCAGCCAGAAUCGCGAUUCGGAUCCAGACAUGAUGAUCCAUGAGCCCUGCGCGAUCACGACGCGUGUGGCGCCAAGCUUUCUGCGAGUCGGCCACGUCGACCUUUUCGCCAGGAGGGCCUCCCAUUCCUCGGCGACGCCUGCGCAGAUCAAGGAGCAUGAGCUGAUCGUGGAGCAUGCGCUCUUCCGCGAGUAUCCGAACUGCCUUCCUGGAUCUCCCCUGCCGGCGAGAGCGGCGGCGAUGCUUCGCGAGGCAGCAAAGCGCUUCAGCGUGCUGAUUGCCGGAUGGUUGCGGGUGGGUUUCUGCCAGGGCAACUUCAACGCUGACAACUGCUUGGUCGGCGGCCGGACGAUGGACUACGGCCCCUUCGGCUGGAUCGAACGCUACGACCCUAUGUUCGCGAAAUGGGUGGGCUCGGGCAAUCACUUUGCCUUCAGGAAUCAGCCCGAAGCUGGAUUGGCGAACUUCAUGACCCUCGCCAUCGCAAUGAAGCCGCUUUUGGGGAAGGAUGCCCCGUCUAUCCUGCAGGAGAUUGCUGAGGCAGCGCAGGAGGAGAUGAACUCCACCGUGUCGGCGAUGUGGCGGGCCAAGCUGGGCUUUCCCAGUGUCAGCGGCGAUGCUGCAAAAGUGGCCGACAGCCUCUGGGCCGACGUGCAGGCUGCGAUGCGCUUCGCCGUGGAUUACACCAUCUUCUUCCGCCAGCUCGCAGAUGCUCUGGAAGUGACCGAAGAAGGUGCAGCCGGGAGCGAUCUGGUACCAGGAAGCCUGGUUCGUAUCAACGGAUUGAAGAGUGCCGAAGAGCUGAAUGGCAGCCUCGCCACAUGUGGCGAGUUCGUCACCAGCAGCGGCCGAUGGGCGGUGGUGACCACGGAUGGAGACAAAGCGCUCAAACCUGAGAACCUGGAGUUCAUUUCCAGCGGGGAGGCUCUGUUUGCCACGGUCAGCAGGGCAUUCUACGACGCCCCAAAGCCGGACGUCCGAGUCCAGUGGUUGGUCUGGCUGCGACGCUUGCGAAGUGCUCUUACAGCGGAAGGCGGCACAGCAGCGGCCGCACAGCGGAUCCGCGCGACGAAUCCCAAGUACAUUCCUCGCGAGUGGAUGUUGGUGCAGGCGUACGACGCCGCGGCCAAGGGCGACUACAGCCUGACGCACGAAUUGCACCGCCUGUUCUUGAAGCCUUACGACGAGCAGCCGGAGUUUCACGACAAGUACUUCUGCUGCACGCCCCCUUGCUAUCGCGGCAAAGGUGGUGUGGAGAUUAUGACCUGA